UUUCGACUCCACAUUCAACUUCGUCAUCGACGCUCAAGUUAUGACCACUGUCAAGCUCGAUUCACACAUCCUUGAAAAAGAUGCGGGCAUCAUCACGGAACAACUUAACAUACAAUCGCAACAAGCUACCGUGAGGACACUACAAAUUCUUUUUCUUCGCAGCAAAGCGCAAUUGGGACCCAUCCACUACAAUCCCCCUAUUUUCUUGCUACAGUCAUCAUCAAUUGCUCCCAGCUACACGGACGCUGCCCCACAAGACGUCACUGACUACCUCGAAAAGCUUGUUCGAGCAGCGCAGCAGACCGCAGAAUCUCACUACUGCGGAAGCUUUGUUGCGGGACAAACCAGCGAAAGCGAUGAAUUUGCGGAUAUUGGUAUAUGGCUAGGGGAAGGAAACUAUCAAAGAAACCAUGAGAAGGAGAUCUUGGAUAAAUUAGGGCUUAUUGCAUGGGCAGACGCUGAGAUAUAUCAGAUGGAUGGACUUUACGACGAGAAGGUGAAAGUGGAGUUGGAGGGUGCAGAAGAAAGUGUCAUUGGAAAGUUGUUGGACAGCCUUGAGGACUGUCACCGGUUCUUUGCGCGACGUCAAGACUCGUACCUUGCUUACUUUCUCAUCGGCCGAUUGAAGGCAGGUUGGUGUGGGCUAGCAAGCAUCGGGGUGACAUCUUGAAUGAAACUGAUUAGCAAGAUCAUUCUGAUGCAUGCGAUAUGUCGGCUAGACCAGAGCGAUAUGGAGGGUUUGAACUUUGCGGUGUCCACACUGACACAGCCACAACCACGAG